AUGGCUGACGGAUUUAUUGGACUACAAAUCGGACUCGCGAUUGCGUUGCUCGUCGCCACGGCCAUCGCCGGGGUUCUUCCACUUGUUGUUGGUUUUUUUUUUUUUCAGAUCCUUAGUUCUUUCACCGCUAGCUUGAGAAAAUAUUUUAUAGGUGAUUAAUUAAUCAGCAAAACUGUGCAAAACUUGAUUUUGUAUGCCGCGACUUGAAGUUUCACGGAACGACACUCCGCUGCGUGACCUUGUGGCCGUGAAAACGUAUUCGCCUUUGCGAACCUCGGUCGCGCUUUCCAUUUUUUUUUCUUUUGAUCGAAGUUUUCACUAUAUUAGUUAUUUUUUAUUUUCCGUGCCAAGCUCGUGAUCAUCAUUUCUGGUGAAUUAAAAAAAAUGAUAAAGUCGAAUACUUUUCGAAAUACAAAAAAAAAUUGCGUUCAUAGUCCGUUCAGAUUUUGAAUGUCAAGUACAAUGACGUCAUUCGAAAACGCUCUGUGAAUGACUCGCUCUCUGAUUGGUCUAUCGCGCCAUUAGGGGGCGGAGCUUGAGCGAGGACUUGAAAUUUGAAAUCUGAUCAGACUAUACAACAUUUGACAAUUUUUCAUCGUUCUUGAUUUUCUUCUAUAUUCUUGUAGUCUAAACACAAGCCGUGUAGUCACGAUCUUCGCACAAAAAACGAUGAAAACAUAAUUUUAAUAGUCAAACUUUCAAAUAAAAGGAAAAAUGGAAAGCGCGACUGAGAUUCACAAAAGCAAGACGCUUCGCGACUGGAACAGCGGAAUUUCGUUGGAUAAAAUUUCAAGGCACAAAAACUAUAGAUUAUGGAAUAGACCCCCAAAAGAAAAUUUCAGUUACUAACAGUGAUGAAGAAGAAGGGGAAAGACCAAGCGAGCGCCGGCUGGCUUUCCUACCUUUCCUGCUUUUCCGGUGGAGUUUUCAUGGCCACCUGCUUCCUAGACGUUAUGCCGCAUAUUUAGUGAGUCAAUUUAUCAAAAAAAAAAGUUGCUGAUGUGCAGAGCGACGAAAUUUCAUGAGAUUUAUCACUCUGAACUUUUGCUCUGAUACCAACUGUGUACCCAAAAGCUUAGUGGAUUUAUCAGUUUCUCUCAGAAAUGUCCAUAAAUACUGAUUAGUGAUCUUUAUUUUCCAAGGAAACGUUGUAGUGUGAAAAAAAAGUACCAAAAAAUUACUUGUCCAUAGAAAAAUACAACGAGGAUCCCUUAAGUGAAAACUUCACAAACUUCUCGGAGCUCUACUCUAUCGAAACUUCAUUCCCAAUCACCCAAUUCGUCAUUUGCUGUGGCUUCUUCCUGGUCUAUUUCAUUGAAGAGUUCACGGCACUGGUAAGCCUCAGUAAGUCUGAGCAAUACUGAGUUGUGUUAAGAUAUUUGGCGGCCACGGUCACGACCACUCUCAUCACGUGGCUCCGGCCUCAAAAGACGACAAGCCUAACAUAACCAAGUGGGUCUUUGCAAAAAAAUAAUUUAUUUGAAAAAUUCCUUUUUUUCUUAAGUCUCCAAUUUACGUUUUUUUAUCAAUGACGUCAAAAAAACUGACUAUUAAAAAUAAAAAAACCAGUUAUGAUAUUUUUUUAAAUAGGAUUUUGAAAAAUCGCUCUUUUUCAGAAACCAAAGCUUUGCAGUGUGUUGGAAAAAGGGUUCUGAAAAGAUUGAUUCAACAGCUUUUCCUUCAAAUUUAUCUUAAAACCAUCACUAAUUCAUUUUUUGAUGAUCGAACAAAAUUUGACGUGAAGUGGAGAUUUCCGAUUUAGAAUGAUAAGAAAAAGCGCAAAGCGGAGGCUAAAAAAAUGUUUGUUUGAAGCCCAAAACUUCACUGUAGAUUCAUAUUUUAAACUGAUUACGCCUUGCGCCUUUGAAUAUUUUUUUCUUUGAUUUUUGCGCUUCUAAAAAAAUUAAACCAAUCUUCAUGAGACCAGAAAAUCUGUAAAAAAUUACAAAAAUUUUCUGAAAAAAGUAAUUUGCAUGCUCCCCUCUCUUCUUUCAUCAACUUGAAGCUCUCAAAAGAAAACCUCUUGGUUUUCCCGAUUAGGUGGCUCUUCUUCUUCCCUCUCUCUUUCUCUCUUUGCUCCUACAAAUCCCCCUAGAAACCUCGGUUGCUUGCCCAGCUUCUUUUUCUCCGGAGUGGCUUUAUUCAGUAAAGACGACGUGAAACAGGCGUUUGUGGACCAUCACCGGCACGUCCACGGCAAGGUCGCCGCCGACGACGGCACCUCCAUCGACCUCAUCAAGGCUGAAAGGGCGCUCUCUCUUCACAGGUUCUUUUGUUGUGCUUCUGCAUGUUUAGGGGUUUCUUUUGGAGUCUAGUCAAAGAAAUUUUUGGGAAAGGGAUGACAUUUCGCAUUGAAAAAUCGGCUAAAAAACUCUUCGAUACGCUGGAUUCAAAAAUUUUUUUUGAAAAUUCAAGAACUUCCAAAAUUCAUAAUUUUAGUUAGAGACUGCAAAGCUACGCCCCUUUUCGCGAUGGUGAAAUGCACUAAUUUUUUAGAUUUUGUGUUUGAUGUUUUUGUAAAAGCGCAAUACGGAACACAUAGAAAAUUAGUGGAAGCAUAGAGAAAACCUUCCUCUUCAAUCUGAUAUACUUUUCGCCCAACUUUCGAAGCGUUUUAGCGGAGUGUCGUACAAAAAACCAAAACUACUUUUUUUUUCUUCGGCUUUAACCUAGCUCUUUAGUUGUAGGCAUCCUAAAUUCAAGUUAUUGGUACCAAAUUACUCGUAGUCAUGCGUUCGAUUCAACUAGAGCCUUAGCUGUGGGAGAAAACCUUAAGGAAAAUUCAAAACUUCGGAAAAACCAAUUUUUUGAGAAUUCAAUAACUUCGAAAAUUCCUAACUUCAGUUAUAAGUUUCUUAAAUUCGAGGGUUUGGUACCAAAACGCUAUUUUUUCCAUUCUAUUCACAAACUAGCGCUUCAUGUUUAGCAUGAUCAGACUAUAAACACUAGUCUUUGUAUUGAAACUUAAGUUUGAAAAAAAUAGGGCCUUUAAUGAUGAUAUCUAGACUCGAUUCUAAAAAUCGAAGAGCUUUUAGCCGAAUUUGGAGGAGUUCAAAAUUUUGAGUGAAAUGACAUCCGCUGGUGGCAUCUAUUCGCGUAGAACUUGGCAAAUUUUCAUUUUCCAUGGAAAAUUUCAAAAACUCUGAUUUUGAAGUGUUUAAAAUUCGUCACUCCAAACCGAAGUAGUAGGACUUUGACAGAAAUGAUAAAGUGAUAGCAAAUCACGUCUUCUUUUUCAAGCUAUAAAUAAUCAAAAAAGUUAAUUUUUACUAGUGAAAAGAUUUUUCUUUAGAAGCUUUGGGAACUUUUCUGAACUGCUUGACUUUAUGCACGGAUUUCGGCGUUGAAUUGCACGAACUUUCUUUUUGUUUUAUUAUUAUAUUUUUUUAUUUAGCAACGAAAAACAAUUUGAAAAAUUUCUCGGGUUCAUAGUUCGCUAUUUUAGUUUGGUGAUCGAAGAAACGUCAACAUGGGUGGUCUCCGAAGAAAAAGGAAACUUGCUCAAAUCGUUGACUUUUGCGAUCGCCAUGUCCUUCCAUUCACUUCUGGAAGGCUUUGCUCUGGGUAUUCAGGUGAGGAUUUUUUAUUUGGAAGUAUUCAAUUUUUUAAAAUCCCGUAUAGUCAAUGUGAAAGGCGAGGGAGGCGUGGCAAGGGGCGGGACGCGUAGCGUGUGCGUACGCGGUUCUUGGCACGUGUUCAAUUCAACCACCAGCGACUAUUUGGAGAGCUCAUUUAUCGCUCUUUUCCCUUCUUUUUUUUAAUUAUUUAUUGAUUAUGUUCAUGUGUGCAUCAAAAAAUAGAAGAAAAUACGAAAAAGAGCGGUUGCUGAGCUUUUUAAAUAGUCGGCGGCGAUUGAAUUGAACUGGCGCCAAGAACCGCGUACGCACACGCUACGCGUCCCGCCCCUUGCCCCGCCUCCCUCGCCUUUCAAGUCGGGAAACAUUGACUAUAAUUCAUCUCCACAACAUGAUUUCUUUAUUCAAAUAGUUUGAGUUCAUGAAAAUCUUUUGGUUGCAGGACACAAAAACUGGAAUUCUAGCCUUGUUCUUCUCCUUAUUGCUUCACAAGAGUAUCGAGGCGUUUUCUGUUGGCUUGCAAAUUUCCCGGGCCAACAGUUCAAAGGUUCCAUUUUUCCAAAACUAUAUUUCCUUGGAUAAAAAAUAUAUUACAGUAUAAAACAGUGAUAGCGACGAUCCUGAUCUAUUCGCUGAUGACGCCAAUUGGCUCGAUUCUCGGAACAGUUUUACAGGUUUUUUUUUCUAUUUUUUCUAUUUUAAUUUUAUCUUCCAGUCUGCCACGGCUCCAUCUUAUGAGAAAGACGGAGCAAUGCUGGUAUUGGAAUGUCUAGCCGCUGGAACUUUCAUUUAUGUCACGUUCAUCGAGGUAUUUAUCGAUUUUAUUUUUUUAAUUUUUUUAAAAAGCUAGUUUAGCAAAAAAAUUUAUUUGAAUUUUUAAUUUUUUUAUAGCAACAAGUACUUCAAAACAAGACGCAAAUAUCCUAACAAAUUAUUAGCAAAAUCAACAUUUUUCUCUGAAAGAACUUCCAAAAAAUUAAUAUUCCAGGUCCUGGCUCAUGAAAAAGACAACGAUUUCAACAAUUUCAAGCAAUUGCUAUCCAUCGCCAUCGGUUUUCUACUGAUAACCCUACUACAGCUGAUCUUCGGGUAAUUCUUGUGAUUUCCAAAAUUUUCAAUUUCCUAUUCCAGGCAUGAACACGGUGGUCACGAAGGUCACGAAGGACACCAUCACAGUCACGAAAAUUUAGGGAACUUUACCGUUUGA